AUGGAACGUCUGAGUGGAACAGAACUAUUACAAGUAGCAGGACGUCUUCUUGCAGAAAAUAAUUACAAAGAAGCAGUUAAAGUUUUCGACAUUUUAGUUGAAAAAUUGCCUGAUGUGCCUAUUCCGCUGUUGAGCAGAUGUACCUGUCUUAUACAGCUGGAAAAAUACAACGAAGCUUUAAAAGAUGGUCUUAAGAUACUCGAACUUCCCAAUGGACCGGUAAUGGAGGAUAUUGCCAAUGGAUGUACAACAAUUCAUAGUGUCGCAUAUAUGAGACUCGCAAAGUGCUAUAAAGAGUUGGAAAAGACAAGCGAAGCUGAAUCAAUGAUAAAGAAAAAAAAUGAAAUCGAACAAUCUAUAAUUCCCAAUACGGCUAAAUCAUCACUGAUCAAAGAUCUUCCACCUGACGAACCAUCUAAAUCCCUUGCGGAAAAAUUACGAAUACAAGGCAACGAACUAUACAAACACUCGAAAUUCAAAGAGAGCGCAGCUAUCUAUUCCGAAGCAUUAAAAAAUGAUCCGGAUAAUGUGCUGAUACACUCGAAUCGAGCGCAGGCGCUGUUACAAUUAGGUGAUUUAGAGAAUGCACUUUGGCAUGCAGAUACUUGUAUACGAGUGAAUCCGAAAUGGGCCAAAGGAUAUUAUAGAAGAGGAUGUAUAUUGUUAGAAAAAAAACAAUAUAGCAAAGCUAUAGUGGCUUUAGAGACCGCCAGCAAUUUCGGAUCAACAGAUAAAGAAUUAUCAAAAAAACUAAAGAUCGCUAAACAAUUUCGAAAACAACAACAAAUGUCCGAGAUUAAUAGUAUGAAAAAUGAUGCUUCGAACUUUAUAAAUUUGUCAAUUAUUGGAGCGUUGGUGUUUGCUUUGGUGUCCAUAUUAUUUUGGUAUUUUUCGGAUCAAAUUAUAACGGGAAUUUUAUGGAGCAUGAAUUUUGCUGGACAAUUAUUGGUUGGAUAUUUGAGCAUAGAUAAUAAAUAG